ACAAAGCUACGAAGGUCUGCUCUCAUCGCUUCCUGGCUUGAGAGAUAUGGAUAUCACUAUCGAUGAUGCAGAGAGAGACAUACCUCAGAUCACGGCUGGUCUUCGUCGGACCGGAGGACAGCAGCUCACACACAUCAUACUUGUAGCACCACCAUCGCUCCCAUCAGAGAAGAGCUGUGUAUCGAGAGAGACGAUGAGAGGACUGGGCCUUCUGAUUAGAAAACAAACCAAGAACCUACAGUGGCUAGGUCUGUCCGGGAUGAAGUCCUUGGAUGGAGAAGACUUUGUUGAACUUGUCGAGUCUUCAACAGAUUUUAAAGCAUCGGAUAGUCUGCGUUUCAAGUCUACUGAUGAUGAGUCUUUCGGCUACGAUAGACAGUCGGAUGUUCAGUUGCCCGACAAUGGAACAGGUCUGGCCUGGCCCCCUGAGCAUGAUGGAGGUCUAUAG